AUGUCAGAUAUGGUUCGAUGGAAAUUGUAUGUGAUCAAGACGUGCAAAGAUUUUUUGUGUACAUUGAUUCAAAAAUCGAGAUUUGCCACGCCGAAGUGGGCUGCCGAAGUCAGAUAUAGUGCGGUGAUGACCAAACCGCUCCUCAAGAUACCUAUCGAGGGACUGUAG